AUGACAAGCCGCAUCGCCUUACCAGAGCUCGGCCGCGGAGAUGAUGAUAUCGGCAGCAUCAUGGCAGGUGCACCAGCCUCAAACUUCAAUCUACUCAAGAAACUCCUCCUGCUUGGCUCCACCAACACAAUCGCCUGUCGAGUCACCGACACCGACGACGACACCGACCACAUCUCUCGCUUCCUCAUCCGACUACACCACACAUGCCCGAACAUUAGCGAAUUCAGAAUCCACCUUGACAUAGACUACCGCGUGAACGUUGAAUGCUUCGCGGCUGAGCAGUUUAGGGGUAUCUUGCAGUGGCAGAAACUGAAGAAGGUGGUGGUCGAGGUGUCGAAGUGUCAGCAGGGGCCUGGUCAAUUGAGUUGUGCUUCGGAUGAGCAGGUCGUGCGUUUGAGGGAGAAGAUUGUGAUGGUUUUGCAGGCUGAGAUGAUGAGGAGGGGGAUGAGAUCCCUUCUCCUAGUCGCAGACCGUCCAGUCCCUAUCGACCCAUGGGCGAAAUCACAUCCAAACAGGCCGCAACUCCAGGCCGCCAUCCUCGGCGCCUCGCAUCAAACCUACUCCGAAGCAACCUCUAUCCUCUACGGUAAGAACACCAUCAUGGCAUUCGAAGAGCGUGAGUUGCCACCGUCUCUCAAAACGAUUGGCACAUCGCUUCAGCACAUCCGCAGAGUCGAUCUCCAUUAUAUCAGCACAAAACUCCACUUCAAGAAGCUUCUCACGCUGCUGAAAGGGGCUGAGAGGCUGGAGGUUCCUGACAUGAACCAGGAAACCCUUCGCUUCACGCCCGAGGAGCUGGCCGAAAUACCAGGGCCGUUCAUGAGAGCGCUGCAUAAGGCUCGAGGAAAGAUCAUGGACUAUGACAUGAAGAAGAUGCUGGAUGUUCUGGUCAUUCAGGCCCAGCUUUGCUGGGCGAAUGAGACCAAUCGGGCGGAGUGGCACCCACUUGUUUGGAAGAGUGUAGUUUAUGAGAGGAGAUUCAAGCAGUUGAUUGAGGCGACUUUGAAGUAG